GGCUGGGGCUACUAAGCGCAUGCGCGUCACAACUAUUUGCUUCCUGAAGUCUCCAGCCGCUGCUAAGAAAGGUACUGCAGGGCCGAUGCAGCGACCUUGUGGACUCCCGGAGCCUGUCAGAAACAGUCUGAUAGAUGAUGCCAAGGCUCGCUUAAGAAAGUUUGAUGUCGGGACCAGAUAUUCUCACCUAUCCUCUAAUAAAUACUCUGUCCUUCUACCACUGCUGGCCAGAGAAGAAAAGUUGUACUUGAUGUUCACAGUCCGCUCAGACAAGCUGAGAAGGGACCCCGGAGAAGUCUGCUUCCCUGGAGGAAAGAGGGACCCGGUGGACACAGAUGACACAGCCACUGCUCUCCGUGAAGCCCAGGAGGAGGUUGGGCUGCAUCCCCACCAAGUGGAGGUGGUCUCUCACCUGGUGCCGUAUCUGUUUUAUAAUGAUGAGUUGGUGACCCCCGUAGUGGGUUUUCUAGACCACAACUUCCAGGCCCAACCUAAUGCUGAAGAAGUGAAGGAAGUGUUCUUUAUGCCUUUGGACUAUUUCCUCCAUCCAAAAGUCUACUACCAGAAGCAAAUCACACGCUCUGGCUAUCGUUUCGUCCUGCAUUGCUUUGAGUACACAGACCCUGAGACUGGUGUGAAGUACCUAAUCAAGGGAAUGACCGCAAAACUGGCUGUGUUGGCUGCCCUAAUUAUUUUGGACCAAAGUCCUUCCUUCGAGAUUGAUCUUGAUCUCCAUGACCUGAUACCAUCUUGUGAAAAGACCUUUCUUCGUAGAUAUUUUUUAAGCAAGCUGUAAAGACCCCGAAACCCAAAAGAAGGUACACGAGGUUUUUGUGUGAGCUUAUGCUCAGAACAACAGUGUUAGCAAGCGGCAUCUGACAGGUGUGAAUAUUUUCCUACAAUGUGGCUGGCUGUGAGGGCCUUGCCUGACUUCCUGUUGCUGCUUUAGAACACUAAAAGUCUUUCAAAACUGGAAAAAUGCACUGACAGGGGAGUAUAAUUUUACUCAUUAAAAAAUGGCACCAUUUUUUAGUCAUGUUUCGUCAUGUUAUCUGUCACAUAGUAGGCACUUAAUAAAUAUUUGUCAAAUA